CCCUCCCGGCCGCCGCCUCCUCCUCCUCCUCCUCCCUUUCUCUCCCGCUCGCUCUCUCCCGGCCCGGAAUCCAUUCCGGCCUGGGAGCCGGAGCGGCCUGGCCGCCGUCUGCCCGACCCCGGCGCCCCGGGCCGCCCUCCGCGCGCCCAUCUGCCCGGUGCGCCCGCCGCCCGCCCGCCGCCCAGAAUCCAGAGGCUCAGAGAAGGGACGGAAUUGCCCAGCUAUGAGAGAGCGAGCCAGGAUUUGAAACCAGGUGAGGAUGCGGAGGCCCGGAGAGGGGAAGUGACUCCCUGAGGUCACAGAGUGGGAAGAGGCACAGCGGGGCCUUUAGUCUGCGACCUCUGACUCCACGCCUGGUGUUUGCCGAGACCCCAGGCUGCUUCCCAGGUCCUGGGACAGCCCCCUCCUUCCUCCAGCCAGGACCAUGGGCAGCAACAAGAGCAAGCCCAAGGACGCCAGCCAGCGGCGCCGCAGCCUGGAGCCUGCAGAGAGCGCCCACGGCGGCGGCAGCGGUGGGGGUGCCUUCCCCGCCUCGCAGACCCCCAGCAAGCCGGCCUCCGCCGACGGCCACCGCGGCCCCAACUCCGCCUUCUCCCCGGCCGCCAACGAGCCCAAGCUGUUUGGAGGCUUCAACUCCUCGGACACGGUCACCUCCCCGCAGAGGGCGGGGUCGCUGGCUGGCGGGGUGACCACCUUUGUGGCCCUCUACGACUACGAGUCCCGGACGGAGACCGACCUAUCCUUCAAGAAAGGGGAGCGGCUGCAGAUUGUCAACAACACGAGGAAGGUGGAUGUCAGCCAGACCUGGUUCACAUUCAGAUGGCUGCAAAGAGAGGGAGACUGGUGGCUGGCCCACUCGCUCAGCACGGGACAGACGGGCUACAUCCCCAGCAACUACGUGGCGCCCUCCGACUCCAUCCAGGCUGAGGAGUGGUACUUCGGCAAGAUCACGAGACGGGAGUCAGAGCGGCUGCUGCUCAACGCAGAGAACCCGAGAGGGACCUUCCUCGUGCGGGAGAGCGAGACCACGAAAGGCGCCUACUGCCUCUCCGUGUCCGACUUCGACAACACCAAGGGCCUCAACGUGAAGCACUACAAGAUCCGAAAGCUGGACAGCGGCGGCUUCUACAUCACCUCGCGCACCCAGUUCAACAGCCUGCAGCAGCUCGUGGCCUAUUACUCCAAACAUGCCGACGGCCUGUGCCACCGGCUCACCACCGUGUGCCCCACGUCCAAGCCGCAGACGCAGGGCCUGGCCAAGGACGCCUGGGAGAUCCCCCGGGAGUCUCUGCGGCUGGAGGUCAAGCUGGGCCAGGGCUGCUUUGGAGAGGUGUGGAUGGGGACCUGGAACGGCACCACCAGGGUGGCCAUCAAAACCCUGAAGCCAGGCACCAUGUCUCCCGAGGCCUUCCUGCAGGAGGCCCAGGUCAUGAAGAAACUGAGGCACGAGAAGCUGGUGCAACUGUACGCCGUGGUGUCCGAGGAGCCCAUCUACAUCGUCACGGAGUACAUGAGCAAGGGGAGUUUGCUGGACUUUCUCAAGGGGGAGACGGGCAAGUACCUGCGGCUGCCGCAGCUGGUGGACAUGGCUGCUCAGAUCGCCUCGGGCAUGGCGUAUGUGGAGCGGAUGAACUAUGUCCACCGGGACCUCCGUGCCGCCAACAUCCUGGUUGGAGAGAACCUCGUGUGCAAAGUGGCUGACUUCGGCCUGGCCCGGCUCAUCGAGGACAACGAGUACACAGCCCGGCAAGGUGCCAAGUUCCCCAUUAAGUGGACAGCUCCGGAAGCUGCCCUCUACGGCCGGUUCACCAUCAAGUCCGACGUCUGGUCCUUUGGGAUCCUGCUGACGGAGCUCACCACCAAGGGCCGGGUACCCUACCCUGGGAUGGUGAACCGGGAGGUGCUGGACCAGGUGGAGCGAGGCUACCGGAUGCCCUGCCCACCCGAGUGCCCCGAGUCCCUGCACGACCUCAUGUGCCAGUGCUGGCGGAAGGAGCCCGAGGAGCGGCCCACGUUCGAGUACCUGCAGGCCUUCCUGGAGGACUAUUUCACGUCCACUGAGCCCCAGUACCAGCCUGGAGAGAACCUAUAGGGGGCCGGCUGCCGGGCCAGACUGGCUGCUCGGCUGGGCCGGGCCGGGCGGCCCCCGGUGUGGGGUCCUGCCUCGCUCUUCCCGCCCGCGGUGGCUGCGCUGCGGGGCUGAGGGGUCAGUGACGAGGCCUCUCCCUCUGUUGUGGAUGGGAGGGCUCGGGGCCCGGAGCAGCCCCGAGGCGGGGCGCAAAGCUGGCACAGCCUUUGUGUCCUGGCUCCUGCUCCCGCCUCGCACCUCCUCCUGGUGCGCCUCCCGGAGCUCCGUGAGGUGCGGCCGGAGGGCCUGGGGAAAAGGGCUGGAGCCGAGGGCUCGCUUUCCCAGCCUCAGCCUCCUCUCCACACGGGCUCCUCCCCUCUCCCGCGCCGUCCAGGGCUGUCUCCAGAGCUGGCCAAAGAGCCUUUCCAAAGAACAGCGAUCGGCCCCUGGCCGUCAGCCUGCCUGGUACCCUGCCCCUUGCCGUCCGUUUCUGAAGCACCUGCCUGUGGGGGCCGCUGGGUCCAGACCCUCCGCCAUGGCUCCCGGCAGGGCCGCCUGGAGCCCAGACUGACUUGAUCAUGGUGGGCGGGGUGGGCUCCCCUCCAGACCUCGCCCUUCUUAGACCCGAGGGUCCCUUAGAGGGCGUCAGUUCCUUGUCCCUCAUUACCCACGGGGCAGCAGUCCAGAGAGAGGCUGUGACUUAGCCACGUCCUCGGAGCAGUUCAGAGUUGAGGUGGGAUGAACCCGGUGCUCCCUCCGUCUUCCUCAGGAACCAACAAGAUUGUCCUCAGCGGCAUCCUGGACAGACUGGUAGCCCCAGGGACAAGGGGCCUGAGGGUGGGCUAGAAUAGCAGAGAGUUCCGUUGCCAUGUCCCGCUCAGCGGGGCUGUGGUGGGGGAGAGAGUGGAGGAGGUAGGUGUGGGGCCGAGCUGGGAAUGGGGGGUGAAGGUGCAGGCGUAGGGAGGCAGACUUCCAUCUGAACGUGGGUGGGUUUUGACCUUCAGGCUUAGCCAGCCACGGAAGGGAGGGAGCUCCCAGGCUCUGGGGGGGCAAUCAAGCAGACAUGGACGAUCCAGGUGGUUGGGAAACUUGCCCUGGCCUUAGGAGGGAGCCGCAGGUUGUCUGCCCAGUUUGCCCUGUGCCAUUUCCAAGCCUGGCCUCUGCUCUCCUCCCCAAGUUGGCGCCCUAAACUCGUGAGGAGGGAAAGGAUUGCCCAGGAGGGGGUGCGGGAAGAGGUGGGGAGGGCUCCACUGUCACGUAUCCCUGGGAGGACCUGGGAGGACCUGAUGUCUGUGGGCUGCAGCCUCUGCUUCCUUAUGAGGCCACGGCCUGUGCGGCUCCUCCUGCCUGUACAGACCCUGUGACCUGGCGUCACACAGUGAGCGCAGUCCGGGCAUCCGGGGGCCGUUUUGGCCCUCGCCCCGUUGUUCAGUCUUAGGGUUUGUGGUGGCUUCUCCAAAAAGGGGAGCUGACAGUUUGUGGGCAUCUUGGUAAGGGCCUCUGUGUGUGUGUGUGUGUGUGUGUGUGCACGUGUACGUGUGCAUUCCUCCAUGUGUGUCCAUAUUUAACAUGUAAAAAUGCCCCUUACUCUGUCGCCCAGACACAUUGUACAUUUCACCCCCACCGCCCCUUUUCCCCCCCUCCCCCCGCCUCAUAGCAAUAACAUUCCUGCUGCCAGGGCUUCUUGAGCCAGCCAGGCCCUGCCAGCGGGGAAGGAGGCCAAGAGGUGCCUGCCUAUGAAAUUUCAACUUUUCCUCUCGUACAUGUCUAUCACCCUCGACUUCCCCUGUCUGUCCCAGUACACGAGCGUGCUCUCACGUCCCCUUCCAACUGCCCAAGGCCCUUUGUGUAAGGUGUCCUGAUACUGUCCUUUUUUAAAGACAAACCAACAGUGUUUUGUAGAUUUCAGAUGACUAUGCAGAGGCCUAGGGGACCUCCGGUUCUGGGCAGGGCCUGGGGGUCCCACAUUCCAUGGCCCAGGUGUCGGGGAGGGGCGGUGGGGGAAUCCAGAAUUGGUUGUAAAUACUUUGUAUAUUGUCUGAUUAAACACAAACAGACCUCAGA